CAGAAGGAGGAAUGCGCACGCAACACAGCUCGUGAAACAGUCAUAGUCAUGAUUCGACUUCCUACUACAGUCUGCUGCAGUCCAUAGCACAGCCAGCACAGUCUUUAACGUAAACAGUUCAAACAGUGAAGCGUCCUCGCCGCUCUACAAUCUCCACGUCAACAAAACAAACUUUCGCAAGAAAUUUUUCAACACUUGUCGCCGACUAAUCUGAGAUUUUGUGAGAUGGACAAGGAUCUACAUUUGCUGUCCGGUGUUAGUAAAUACUUCACCGAAGAAACUUUGCAAAAUGCAAUACGAAAAUUGACCGGAAGUAGCGACGUUACAAUCACAGGUUGGACUUUCAAACCUCCUCCUACCAAAGGCGACAGCUAUUUGGCACAAGUAGACAGGAUUACAGUUUUCGCUAAUGCAGAUGGCAAAGAUAUAGAGAAAAAACUGGUCGUUAAAUCACUACCGAAAAACAUUGGAAGAAGAAAAACGUUCAGGAGCGUUGAAUUUUUUCACAAUGAAAUAAAUUUUUACAAAGAGGUGGUACCAGUUUUUGAAAAAUUUCUUGAAUCGAAAGACCAAAAAAGUUUGUUAAGCGUGCCGCCUUGUUUGGACGCCUUCAUUGAUGCUGAAAAUGAUUAUUUGGUCAUGGAGGAUGUUACGGUUUAUGGAUUUGGGCCCAUCAACCGUCAGAGUUGUCUGAACAUGAAAGAGAUGAACGUCCUCCUAAAAGCCAUGGCUAAAUUCCAUGCAAUUUCAUUCGCCUACAAGGACCAGUUCAAAGAUCAAUUCGAAGACUUGGUCGACAAAUUGCAAGAAACUUUUUUUGGUAAACACUGGAAUUGGUACCAAAACCUUCGGACAAGAUUGAUCGACGUUGCGAAAGAUGCGUUAGCGAAGGAAUACCCGGGUCACCCGGCAGAAGAGAAAUUCAACUCGUACAACUCGCCUAGGGAACUUUGGGAUCGAAGUGCGAAUUAUUGUAGCAGAUGGCACGCCCCAACCUCAAUAAUAAACCACGGUGACUCCUGGGCACCGAAUUUCCUCGUGAGAACAGCACUCGAUGACUCUGACGAAUCCGAGGCAAUGUUGUUGGACUUCCAGCUCGCCAGAUCUUCUAGCCCUGUCCUCGACUUAUCGUUUUUGAUUUACGCUUGCAGCGACAAACAACUUUUGGACAAUCAUUACGACAAGAUACUCGAGACUUAUCAUUCCAUACUAUCCAACAGUAUUAAAUCUUUGGGCUCAGACCCUCAGAAAUUAUACCCAUGGACAGUGUUCAUGAACGAGGUUAAAGAACAAUCAAUGCAUGGUUUGAAUUUCGCCCUCGAGUCCGUGCCAUUUAGCGUGAUGGAUGAAUCAAAAGCAUUCGAUCUCGAUGACCUAAUCAAAACCGACGAUGCUGUCGACGUCGCCGAUAUAUUUGAUCCGGGAAACAUCGAAACUUCCGAGGGCAGACGCCGACUGGCGAACCUGAUAAUUCACGCUCAUUCGAAAGGAUUUUUUUGACAAACAGCUUAAUAAAUACAAAUAAUAAACAAAAAAUAUAUAUUUUUUAUAAUCACACACCUCGUUCAUAUAAAGAAACGAAAUUCCCUGAAAGUUUGUAUGAAACAAACCAGGCACUAUUUUAUACUUUUACCUAAUCAUUGUUUCGUUAUAUCCAGGGAGAAUUUUCCUCAUGUAUCGACUUGAAAUGUAACAAUAAAAUGUGUACAAUGAUUCAAG